CAAGGCUUGCUUUCUCUCAUAAAUAGGCACGGAGGAAUGAAAAAACUACAUAUCCCAGCAUCCCUCUGCAAAGCCUCGCACUGUGGAACAAAUCAUUUUGACGUUGAUAGGAAUUAAGGAUUCUGGUGUGGCUGUAUGUUCGGCUUCUAGGAACAUAUCGUAAAUCUAAGAAGUUCGUUUUAAGAAGAUAGGAUCGGUCCUGUCCUUGUUCUGAGAAACAACCGCCUUUCACACGACGAAAGACGUAAGAACGUAACGUACACGACUAAGGCCUGUCUGAACUAACUUUCCGUAGAAAGUAAAUCUCACUUUUGUUUCCUGGUUGGAGAGGGGAGGAGGAAGAGACGCACAAGAGGAGCUGGGUAAGAUAUAUAUUUUUCAAGAACACUGGGGAAUGCAACUGGAAGAGACUUUCAGAAUAGACAAAAGAAUGCUUGUUUAAGCAAGAAGGUGAAGCUAAACAAACCAAGUCAUCGAAACUUAAGAAAAGAUGGCAGAGGAGAACAAGCAAUCUGCUCAGAAAGAUUUCCCUGAAGAAGAAAAAGAAGAGACUAUGUCAGAGGGGCAGAUGAGUUUUCAGCCCCCCAAUAUAGAAAAUAUCUCAGCCAGUUUUCAACAGGAUGAGGCAGAAGAAACGAAAGAGGAUUCCUUGGUAGAAAAGCUGUUAUAUUCUGAUGGAUUUCCAGUAAGAAAGGAGGCUAAUGAUGCUACAGAAUGCACUGUAAGGCUUCCCUUUGAUUCUGGUAGUUUACCAGAUAGUUCUGUAGUCACAAAUUUGGUAAAUCUUUUACAUGAAAAGACUGAGUGUUCCAUCCACGUUGACCUACAAGAUUCUCAGAAAAAGGAAAAAUCUUUAACAGAAACUGUUCCAGAAGAUAAAAUCAGUUCACAUGGCCAGCAAAGCCAGCACUCUCCGAAACAUACUGAAGAAACAAAAGAGGAUGGUUUGGACAAGAAAACAGAAACAGUUCAAAAUCUUAAAGGCAUAGAAAAGACAUAUCUGAUUGCAGAUGUACAACAUACUACAUGCAAAUCAGUGACUGAAAUCUAUUCUCAAAAGACAAGUGAGUGCCUUACACCAGAAGGAAAUGAGCAGAGCACAGUGGAACAACUGGUAAUAAACAAUUCCCAGUCUCAUCAAGAUAAUGGAUUUCCCCGCUAUGGAAUUUUUCUGGGAAUCAUGGUCCUUUUGGUUGCUAUUUUCAUAAGUUGCAGUGGUUACUACACUGCACACCCUUGGAGUAUGCCAAAAAAUCCAGUGGUGGAGGCCUUCCUAUCAAGAUUUGAUCCACUGAAAGACAGCUUUCCAGGUCAAAGUCCUCAUCUGUGGGGACGGGUACGGAAAAUAUUGCAGAAACACCUUAAUGCAUCCUACCACACUGAACCAGCUAUCUUAAUCUUCACUGCUGCCCAGGAAGCUAAAUCAACUCUGAAAUGUCUGAGCACGCAGAUUGCCAGUGCCUAUUCAUCAUCCCUCGGAGGUAGCACAGUCCAUGUAGAUGGAACGUCUAAAUCCACUCUGAGCAGUGAUCUUGCAAAGCUGGCAGUGGAUGAAGAGCUGAGCUUUGGCUUCCAUGGGGGAGGAAAGGCAGCAGUAGUACAUCAGUUUGAAUCGCUGCCUGCAAGUUCCACCUUAAUCUUUUACAAAUACUGUGACCACGAGAGUGCUGCUUUCAAAGAUGUGGCACUGAUUUUGACAGUUUUGCUGGAGAAUGGGAAGUUGGAUCCUAGCAUUGGCUUACAGAUUGUGGAAGAAAAUGUGCGGGACUUCCUCUGGGCCAAAUUCACAAACUCUGACUCACCGAGAUCUUACAACCUUAUGGAUACUGAUAAGCUAAGUGGGCUCUGGAGCCGCAUAUCCCACUUAGUCCUGCCUGUUUGUCCUGUGCCAUUUAUAGAAGAUAAUGGCUGCUCUUAGCAAGUGGCAAAUAAAGAAGACUUCACCUGUAAGAACUGAAGAAAAAAGAGGAACCCACCUUUAACCCCUCCCUCCCCAGCCCUCUGAAGGAUUUGCACAAAUCAGAUUUUUUUUGAUUGCCCAAGAGGACUAGAGGUAUUAACGGGAAACAAGUUAGAUGUUGGUUUUGAUUAUUUGAUUACCAGAGAAGAAGUUACUGAAUUGAUUUUGUAGUUGAGUUGGCAUUUAUGAUGCAAUUAUUUUAAAGAUGGGUAGCUAAUAUAAUUUGCACAUUUAUAUAUCCAGAAUAAGUUUGCCAUUGGAAAAAAAUAGAAACACUACAAUUUUCUCAUCUAGAAGGCACUUUCUUCAAUGUGGGAAAAAAAAUAACUCAUGCACAGGAUGGGUAGCUUAACUCAUGAUUGGCAUGUGAGAAUUCUAGUAUUUUAUGUGAACUCCUCCUCCCAAGCAAACACUGCAGUUUAGCCUAUUUGCACAAGAUAUCCUUGUACUAGUUCA